AUGCUGUCCAAAAGACCUCCCCAUACUCCCUCUGGUAACUUCACCAGGUACCGCGCCACAAAGACAGUGGCCCGACCUCGCAGGAUUCGAGAUAGCUCCAGCUCCGGCUCCUCUCGGCGAUUGGAGCGUCAUCGAAGGCCCGCAAAUCCCCCUGACGCAUCAACGCCGUCUCCAUCCACCUCCCCCAUUGUGACCCUCCGCGUCGGUCCAGAAAAGCGCCUCUUCGCAGCGCACGAAGCAAUUCUCAGCGCAUCCCCAUUUUUCGCAACAAAAUGCCAAGCGCAAAGACCCAGUCCGCCCAUGAGAACCCACCUCACCCAACACCCAGGCAAACACAUCGAACUCCCAGAAGAACAGCCCGAGGUCCUCUCCUGCGUCCUAGAAUACCUCUACAAAGGCGACUACUACCCACGCCUCCAACGAAACUCACAGCGCCAGACAUGGGAAUUAGAAGAUGGCGCGAUCGACUCUGAAGGCCAGAGCGUUGGUGCGACGGUAUAUCAUCAUGCCGCGAGGACAGCGAUCCUCCGCGAUACAGCAAUUUACUGCGCCGCUGAGAAAUAUAACCUUCCAACCCUCCAACGCCUCGCACUCCGUAAACAGGGCUUGCAUACAGGUAUUCAAUGCAACACGAUCCUGUCGAGCGCGAGAUAUGCAUACGCCAAUACACCGGAUUCGGACUCGAAGCUGCGGGCGCAUUACCUGGCCCUGAUCAUCCGGAGCCGGGGAUGA